AUGUACAAGCAGUUCACACCAUUUGCCUUGGCACUCAACAGAGACCCAUCAAAUCCAGGGGAAAAUAUCGUCACUCCCACCACCUCGACGACUAACGACACCAGGGUCAAGAUGAGUCACCGCAAGUACGAAGCGCCCCGGCACGGCUCCCUUGCCUACCUCCCGCGCAAGCGCGCUGCCCGUCACCGUGGUAAGGUGAAGAGCUUCCCCAAGGAUGACCCCAAGAAGCCCGUCCACCUUACUGCCUCCAUGGGCUACAAGGCCGGUAUGACCACCGUUGUCCGUGACCUUGACCGUCCCGGUGCCAAGAUGCACAAGAAGGAGAUCGUCGAGGCCGUCACCGUCAUCGAGACCCCUCCUCUCGUUGCCGUUGGUGUCGUUGGCUACAUCGAGACUCCCCGUGGUCUCCGCUCGCUCACCACCGUCUGGGCUGAGCACCUGAGCGACGAGGUCAAGCGUCGCUUCUACAAGAACUGGUACAAGUCCAAGAAGAAGGCCUUCACCAAGUACGCCAAGUCCCACGCCGAGUCCUCCGGUGCCUCCAUCACCCGCGAGCUUGAGCGCAUCCAGAAGUACUGCACUGUCGUCCGUGUCCUCGCCCACACCCAGAUCCGCCAGACCCCCAUCAAGCAGAAGAAGGCCCACCUCAUGGAGAUCCAGGUUAACGGUGGUUCCGUUUCCGACAAGGUUGACUUCGCCCGCAACCUCUUCGAGAAGACCAUCGACAUCGACUCCAUCUUCGAGAAGGAUGAGAUGAUUGAUGUCAUCGCCGUCACCAAGGGUCACGGUUUCACCGGUGUCACCUCCCGUUGGGGUACCACCAAGCUGCCCCGUAAGACCCACAAGGGUCUGCGUAAGGUCGCCUGUAUUGGUGCCUGGCACCCUAACCACGUCCAGUGGACUGUCGCCCGUGCUGGUCAGAGUGGUUACCACCACCGUACCUCUUGCAACCACAAGGUCUUCCGCAUUGGCAAGGGCUCCGACGAGGGCAACGCCUCCACCGAGUUCGACAUCUCCAAGAAGCAGAUCACCCCCAUGGGUGGCUUUGUUCACUACGGUGAGGUCAAGAACGACUUCGUCAUGGUCAAGGGCUCCGUUCCCGGUGUUAAGAAGCGUGUCAUGACUCUGCGCAAGACUCUCUACCCCCAGACCAGCCGCAGGGCUACCGAGAAGGUCGACCUCAAGUGGAUCGAUACCUCCUCCAAGUUCGGUCACGGUGCUUUCCAGACCUUCGAGGAGAAGAAGGCCUUCAUGGGUACCCUCAAGAAGGACCUUAUCGAGACUGUUUAA